CUUGGCUUCAAUUGCAACUUUAUAGCAUGAGUUACUUCCACGGGCAGAUGUCUUGUCCGAUUCGGACAGAUGUUUCGUCCGAUGAUCAAAGUGUUGAUUGUUGUUGAACAAGACAUAGAGAGACGAAAUUGAAUGCGCGAUUGCGGACCUCGUUGCCUUCCUUGGUGCCACGGGCGGGUGUGCCAAUGCAUGCCUAGCCCUCACCCUCCAACACGGUCAUUGCGCCACGGCAUUAGUCAGGUCACGGGAGAAACUGAUACAGCAAUUGCAAGACCGUGGGGUGUCGCAGAACGCCAUCGAGGAACGGUUGAAAAUCGUUAUUGGAGACGUCAAGGACAUGGCGAAAGUUCGUGAGGUGUUGAGCAAUGACGCCAAAGGCGUUGAUACAAUCAUCAGUGGGAUUGGCGGAAUUCCUAUGCCUCAACUGUCUCUCUUCCGUCCCUUGACUCUAUCGGAGCCCAUCUGCAGCCACGCGACAAGCAGUCUACUAGAAGCUGUCGGUCCUGACACCUCCAAAGAAACACCGCUCAUCGUAGUGAUAUCCGCAAACGGGGUUUCGCAUACUGGGCCGCGAGACUAUCCUAUCGCACUGACCCCGUUGUAUCGAUGGCUACUUACCGGAGUGUACGACGACAAGCGCGAGAUGGAGGCUCUGCUCGGAAAACACUUGCCUAGCGAGGCGUAUGUCGUUGUAAGACCUAGCGCUCUGACAGAUGGCGCGGCCAAAGGGGUGUCUUCGAUUCGUCAAGGCGAUUCUCAGAGACCGGUGCAGGGUUACAGCAUUUCCAGGGAUGACGUUGGACUCUGGUUGUACACGCAUGUCGUCGCGGCGGAAGACCGAACAGGAUUGCAAGGUCAGCAAAUGUGUAUUACAUACUGAAUAGACCAUCAUGGAGUAGUGUCGUCCGUCACUGCCAGAGCACGGCCUUUGAACUGUCUGCU